AUGGCCUGUCCCAUGCGCGAGACCCGCACCAAGCCACCUCAUUCGGAGAGGGAGCUCUUCUACCGCCUCAUGAACGUGGAAGCCCACCCGGAGGUGGUGGAGCUCGCCCGCGCCUACCUGCCCUCCGCAAUCGCCCAGGCCCGACGUCUGCGAUGCGACACGGCCUGGGCCGACUUCGACUACUCGCCCGAGGCCCUCGAGCAGUUCCUCUGGGCCGACUACGACCGCGCCAUGAACCAGUACGCGGCCUACAGCCGGGCGGUGGAGCAGGGCCGGGUCGCCACGAUCCCGCGGGACGACAUGGCCUGGUACCUCACGCAAGUGGCCCCCUCGAAGCUGGUCGACGGGUCGUGGCUCCAGAACGCGGCCCGGUGCGAACGCUUGGGUCGGGAUCCCAGGCUCAACAAGAUCCUCUCCAACCUCUUCGUCAUCUACUCUGAGGAGCUGGGCGAAGGCAAGCUGGAACAGAAUCAUGUGUUCAUCUAUCGCAAGCUGAUGGAAGGCUUAGGGGUGCGGCUACCACCGACAGAGAGUCGCGAGUUUGCCUUCCUGCAGCUCUUCGAGGACUGUGCCCUGCGGUGUGCAGUCGCCCAGAUGAGCCUAUCACAAUUCCCUGUCGACAUGCUCCCAGAGAUUCUGGGAUUCAAUCUGGCCUUUGAGCAGCUUCCGCUCCACCUCUUGAUCACUGUCCACCAGAUGCGCGAGCUGUCCAUGGACCCGUACUACUACCAGCUGCACAUCUCUAUCGAUAACUCGGACACCGGGCACGCCCGGAUCGCCAUCGACACCGUGAACCUGUACAUGGACUACAUUCGGGAUCAGGAGGGCUCCGAGGAGGCUGCACGCCACUGGGACCGGGUGAUGGACGGCUUCUUCCUGGCCAACCUGCCGUUCCCGGGCGAGGGCCGGCUGCAGAGCAUCAAGCGAAUGCUGGACCACCCGAACGACCACCUCAUCAAGCAGCAGCCUGCAACCUCGAAGGUGGACACCCAGGCCUCCGAGCUUUGCGAGCGGAUGAAGGAAAUGAUCGUCAAGAAGUCCAAGUUCGGAGCACGUAUGCACGGUGAGCACCUCUACAUCGGCGAGCUCAAGAUCGACGAGUGGCUGAACAACAUCGUCGCCGAGGCCGAGCGCGAGCACAACAACAGCUCUCUUGAUUCAGCUCCAUCGCCUUCAUCAUCGCUGUGGGUCGAUCGUUUUCUCGACGCCCUCUUCGGCUCGCACUACGUCGACGCCGAGCGGCCCGGCGAGAGCGCCUUAGUCACGCAGGUGUGCGGGUUCGGCGGACCCAUGUUCCACAUCUUCACCAAGGCCGAGCUGCGGCUCAUCACCGACUGGCUCAACGAACGGGCCAGCUUCGACCAGCACCAGCCCACCGGGUGCGGAGUGGUCGCGAGACCGACAGAGCCUGCAAAUUACGACGAAGAGCGGAGGGCGGUGGCGCAGGCGAUGGCGGAGCUGGUCGAGAAGAAGCGGAAGCGAGGGAUGCGCGCCCACGGCAACCGCACGGUGACCGGCGACGACGGGCGGCCCGUGAAGAUCAACGAUCUGCUCCGGAGCGAGAGCGCCUCCGCGUCCAGCAUCCUGGCCGCGAUGCGCAGCCACUACGGGCUCGGCGGCGGCGACGCGGCGGCCACCACCACCAAUCCGUUCCUGCGGGCGUUCCUCCCCGACGGCAGCAUGGCCAAGUUCUUCGGCGCCGAAGAAGUUGAGGUGGUGCGCCGCUGGGUGGCGCUGGGCGGUCCGCUCCCCAUCUCAUCCACCGGCUCCGACGACGACAGCGCGCGCCAGGACCAGCAAACCAGUCCUCGGGGCGAGACCCGGGCCGGCGCAGAGACCAGCCCGCGCUGGGGCGACGAGUGCGAAGGGACGGCGAGCGAGCUCGCGCAGAGAGUGGUCGACGCGCAGUCGCGAGAAGAGGACCCGCAACGACGCGCCCAGUUGGUCAAGCGCUACGUCGCGCAGGAGCUGAGCGAGACCAGGAGCUCGCUGGGACAGAACGCGGGGCUCGAUUUGACCACCACCCGCGACUGGCGGAGGCUACAGGCCCGCGUGGCGUCGCUGGCCGACGCGCGGCUCGAUGAGCUCAGCAGAAGCGGCAGCAUUAGCGCAGGGGCGGUGGUCGACUGGUUCCUGCCCUACUGGCUGAGCGAGGCCGCCCCGCUCCAGGGCUUGUUCGGCACGCCCGCGCUCCACGCCACCGAGCUGGGCUGCGCCCUGCUCCGGGUGCUCAUGCGCACCUGGGGCUACCCCGAUCUCGCCAGUCGGUCCGACAUCCAGCAGUACCUCGACGCCGCCGACCAGAUCGGGGCAGCCUUGCCGGACUUGAGGGCCUGGAGUGCGGAACGCAGGGCGUUGCUGCUGGUGCAGGCCGUCGGCGCGUUCCCGUCGACGUUCCUGCCAGAGGCCGUCGGCAUCGCGCUCUUCCUGGCCAUGUGGAACCACCACUCGUGGCAGCGCGCCCAGCUGCGGAUCUUGGACUCGCGGGCCACGGAAAAGGUGGUGGUCCAUCGCGAGGAGGACAAGGCCGAGCGACGCUUCGGCAAGCACCUGGCGUGCUUCCGCGAGGUGAUGGCGCUGCUGGACGGCGAGCAGGUCGAGCGCGCGGGCCUCGGGUUCAACUCGAUGGUGCGAUUGGCCUCCACCUCCACCACCAUUGCGGAGACGAGGGAGAGCAAGGCAGUGACAAAGUGGCAAGCGGAGCUCGAGCGCAUGUGGCAGCGUUCCGUCGCGGCACAAGAAGCCCAAGGCAGCGACACCACCCUCUCCGCCGCCAUGUGA